AUGGACAUCAUCUCCGCGGCCACCUUCCUAUACCACUUCUUCACGGGACGAGCCGCGGAUGCGAUCCACGCGUACUUGAACCGCAGCCUCCCUCCCCUCGCCGCCGCCGCCCUCCUCUUCAUCCUCCCGCCCUACCUCUUCAUCAAGCUCCUCCUCUUCGCCUUCCGCUCCGCCUUCAGCGAGGACGUUGCCGGCAAAGUCGUCCUCAUCACUGGAGCUUCCUCCGGCAUCGGCGAGCAUCUCGCAUACUCGUAUGCAAAGAGAGGGGCAUGCUUGGCACUGGUUGCGAGAAGGGAGAACCGCUUGACUGAUGUGGCCAACAUAGCUUAUCAAUUGGGCUCUCCUGACGUGGUUGUCAUCCGUGGAGAUGUGACUAGGGCCGAAGAUUGUGAGAGGUUUGUCAAUCGAACAAUUGACCAUUUUGGCCGCUUGGAUCACCUGGUGACUAAUGCUGGGGUAUCUCCCAUGUGCAUGUUUGAAGACUGCCCUGACAUCACUAAGCUCGCCCCUGUGAUGGAUAUAAAUUUCUGGGGUUCGGUGUAUAGCAGUUACUUUGCUCUUCCCUAUCUGAAGAGAAGCAGAGGAAAGAUUGUAGUGAUAGCUUCGGCAGCAGGGUGGCUUCCGGCCCCAAGAAUGUCUUUCUACAAUGCAAGCAAGGCUGCGCUAAUAAGCUUCUAUGAGACAUUGCGGACUGAAUUGGGAUCGGAGAUUACCAUAACCAUUGUGACUCCAGGCUUGAUUGAAUCGGAAAUGACUCAAGGAAAGUUCCUUUCUAAAGAAGGCCGCAUGGUUUUGGAUCCUCAACUGAGAGAUGUGCAAAUCGGGGUGAUGCCAAUAAGGUCGGUGGGAGCGGCGGCGGAGGAAAUAGUGAAAGGGGCAUGCCGUGGGGACAACUACCUGACGGAACCGGCGUGGGUGAAGUCGACCUUCUACUGGAAGGUGUUUUGCCCCGAGGUACUUGAAUGGUGCAACUGGUUGCUGUUGGUGGCCGGAACCGAGAUCUCUGAGAGGAAUGCACUCAGCUUCAAAAUAUUGGAGCUAACCGGGUUAAAGCCAUUCCUUUAUCCUCCAUCUGUCCAAUUCCCGGACCUCACCGAAACAAGUCGCUAGACCAGGUCAUUGCCUAUGUCAUCCAACAUGUGGACAAGACUAAGUGUUUAAAAGCAUAUAAAGUCAACUCAUGCCUGUGAAUUCUGUGAUCUUAGUCGAAAAAGCAUAUGUACAUACGAAAUCACAAUCUUAUGAUAGCUUGUGUUUCGUGAAGUUUGUGGUUUUGGCUCACUGUGUCUGCUCU